UCGGGUUUUCCCGCGUUUUCCGGACGCGUCGCUUGAGGUUUCUCACCGCACGUGUACCAGAGGCGUGUUUACGAAAAGAGAGCACGGCCAGACGAUCUCGAGCCAAAAUCGCCCGAGGUCAGCUGCCGCGUCUCCGCGAGGCCAGACGUAUAGCUCGUCGCACCGCUGCAUCCGGGUGGCCUCUCCGAGCCGCCGGUUUCAAAACCUGAGAGCUACCUGCGUCCACCGGGGGGCUAGGAGCCACGCCAGCGAGCCCAAAGAGAAAGCGCACGCGCUGGCGCUAAGACGAUAGCACCACUCAACAGUGCAUGUCUGCGGACAUCAAAUAACGGCCAGCAUGGCGCUCCUGCUCUCAGAGACGGGGAGCGACGCGUCGACGAACUCGCUGCCGCGGGCGGACUCGUUGGUCGACGAGCCGGGCGCCUUCGAGGGGCCCGAGAAGACGCUGGAGGUCUGCUUUCUACCCGGUGCUGGUGAUAUCAGAGGCUGCCGCGGCCUGACGCGGGCGCAGCUCGAUUGUAUCCUCGAGGAGGCGCGGUGUACUAUUUUAUCAAGGAUGUCCAACGCGCACUUAGAUGCGUAUGUCCUGAGCGAAUCGUCGUUAUUUGUCUACGCUCAUAAAGUAGUGGUGAAGACCUGCGGCCGCACGACUUUACUGAGAUGCUUAAGACGCUUAGUGCAGGAGGCGACCUCGACGCUAGGCUUGCAAUUAGAAUGGGUCGGCUACUCCCGAAAAAACUACUGCUUCCCCGACGACCAGGUGGCGCCGCACGGCUGCUUCGAAGAUGAGCUGAGAUAUCUCAAGGCGCACCAGGGCGACGCCGAAAAAGUGUUUGAUGGGAGCGGCUACGUCCUCGGGCCGUUAACCGGAGACCACUGGUUCGUCUACGUGUCGGACCAGUGUGAGCGGCCGGCGUCUUCCGCUACCGAAAGGACCGUGAACGUCAUGAUGUUCGACUUGCCCGAGGACGUGCGGAGGCACUUUCACCUGCAGGGCGACGAGGACUCCGAUUUAAGGGCGGCUGGUCGGGCAAUGACGCAAAGAAGUGGCCUCAAAGCGCUCAUACCAGGUAAGGUCGACGACCACGCCUUCGCGCCGUGCGGCUACUCGCUGAACGCCUUGUCGUUCGAGUCGUACACUACUGUCCACGUCACUCCCGAAGCGUCCUGCUCCUACGCGUCCUUCGAGACGAACACGGCCCUGAAGUCGUAUGGCAGUUUGGUGAAGAACGUGCUGGCGGUCUUCCGGCCGAAGCGCGUCGUACUCACACUCUUCGCGGACGAAGCUGGCUUGCGCGAGCUGCCGCGGUCGGCGCUCUUCGACGGCCAGCCGCGCUUGGACGUGUCGGGCUCGACGUAUGUUAGGGAGAACCUUUCUUCCACACAAGUCGAGCACGACUGCGUCUGCAUGAUGGCGAACUACACGCUCAAAAGACCGGGCGCGUCGCGGACGGCGACGCCAUCUAGUCCCCUGCGGCCGCGCAUCGGCUCGCUCCAGUAGGGCGCGCCCCGCCGCAACGGCAACACUC